CUGAGCCGAGCUUGCUGCCCAGGACAGUGGACACGUGAUACGGUCAUUAAGAUCCAGGUCGCUGGAGAGGUUGUAGCAGAGCCCCGAGGCUCUGUAAGAGUACACGCAGAAGUUUUAUGUUCAUAUUGAAAAUUGUCCAUUAAACAGAAGAGGAGCAGGGAUCAAGAUCGGCUAGCAUCUCAGUGAACUGCUUUCUAAUCAAAUGAAAAGACUUUGUAGAAGCCUCAUCUUCAUCUAAUGGGCUGGCUUUCCACUCGUCGGUGCAAGGUGUGUGCGAGCCUGGUGGGCGGGCAGGUGCGUGCAGCUUGUGGGACCUCCCGGGAGUCAUUACUGGCUUGUUAAUUGUUCUCAUUCAGAAUGAUCGUUUCAGACUAAACUAUCUCCUCCCAAGCUUUUUUGUAUUGUUAACUCUUGUCUCAAAAAGGCAUUUCUAUUUGGUGGCAUUUGGGGUUGAGUGGCGGUGAGAUGAGCGAGGGGGAGUAAGUUCUCCUUCUGGCCUAGUGCUAAUUUAUUUCGCAGUUGAGUUUGGCAGCGGGUUGGGCAGUGAGGAGGUAGGAAGUAGGACCAGGACCCACCCGUGAAGCCUACCGGGGAGGCUGACACAAGUGACCUCAUCCGUCUCUAAAUAGCAUGUGCUUAAUGUUUGCGUGUAAUGACCAUGUUUCUGUUACCAGCCAAGCGCUUCCAGCAGUUACACUGUUGUCUGACCAGUGUCUUCCAGGCUCAGGGAAAGGCUUCUGAGGGAAGCGAGGUGAUAGUUAACUGAGUGCUUACUUACUGCCAGGCCCUGAGGGGCUCUAACAGGUUCUUGGUAGUUUCCUGAAGCAACACUGUGAAGCGGGAUACCUUACUGUUGCCAUGGAGUAGGUGAGGCAGCUGAGGCGUCCACAUGGCCAGUGGGUGGUGGAGCUGGGUUUGGAACCCAGACCUGACAGACUCCAAAACUCCUAGAGUGGAACCCGCUUCUCCCUUCAUGUGCUCAGCAGAGCCGCACUCAGCAGACACACGCACACGCACGUGCACACGCACACUGACGAUGAAGGGCCUAUGUCCUUACUACUGUGUUAGGUAAUUUCCCAAAAGAGCAUCUUGUGUAACUAGAAUGAUAUGAGGAUUUGUAAAUGUGCCACGUUCUAGGAGAUAAAUAGUAAUCUCUCACUAGCAUGUCCACUAGUGUGGUGUGGACGCUUUGACUCUGGGCUUCCUUAUUUCCCCAUGCCCUUCCUCGUCACUAACUCCCUGCCCCACCCCACUGGGGCUCUUUCUGGUUCUCGUGAGGUUGACAUGACCUCAGUUUAAUCAUGUCUAAUCAUUCACAACACAGCCUCGUGCCCAGAUGUCAGAUGUGAACUGUGUGAUUCUUCCUGACCUUGGAGAAGGGGCAGCAAAUGGGGCGGCCGAGGAGCACUGUACCCCUGUUUAAGGGUUCAGGCCCCUCUCAAGGAGGUUUGAACCUUAGAGCACAGCCCUCUGGUAAUGAAGCCAUUUGUCCCUGGGAAGAGAAUGAGCCCUUGUGCAAUCAGAAACAAUGGGCAUGUUGAGUUGCAGACAUGGGGUGAAUGGAAGCUCAGGCAGAGGCACAUGGGCUGAAUUGGGACAGUUCAAGGAAUGCAUUCUUCCUCGGCAAGUUUCUGGCAACAAGUCUCCUCAGUGGUAAUGAUACUUAGUCAGUGGUCAUUAAUGCCCGUUUUGAAGGAUUUCCCCGAGUGAGUGAGGCCGCGCUCCGAGCUCGGACAUGGCAGCAUGACGGCCCGGCGCCGCGCUGCCAGACGCCGGCCAGAGGGAGCCCCAGGCUGUGGGAGUGAGCGCCCGGAGCAGCGACUGCUUCCUGAGGCCGCCUGAGCCUCCCUCCCCACCCGCUGGCUGUUCUUCUUCACCCCGUGGACUCCUGACUUCUCCGCCUGGAACAUCAAUAUGUGUCAUGUUAUUGUCACCUGUCGCUCGAUGCUCUGGACCCUCCUGAGUAUUGUGGUGGCUUUUGCAGAGCUCAUUGCCUUCAUGAGCGCCGACUGGCUCAUCGGCACAUCCAAGGGUCGCAGCGGCGCCGAGCCCGAGGACCGGAGCGGAGGCUCGUCGGAGCCCUACCACCCGACCUUGGGCAUCUACGCCCGCUGCAUCCGCAACCCCGGCGUGCAGCACGUGCCGCGGGAGACGCUGUGCGGGCCCUAUGCCGAGAACUUCGGCGAGAUUGCCAGCGGCUUCUGGCAGGCCACCGCUAUCUUCCUCGCCGUGGGCAUCUUCAUCCUCUGCAUCGUGGCCUUGGUGUCCGUCUUCACCAUGUGUGUGCAGAGCAUCAUGAAGAAGAGUCUUUUCAACGUCUGCGGGCUGUUGCAAGGGAUUGCAGGCUUGUUCCUGAUCCUGGGUCUGAUACUCUACCCUGCUGGCUGGGGCUGUCAGAAGGCCGUAGGCUACUGCGGACACUAUGCGUCGGCCUACAAGCCUGGAGACUGCUCCUUGGGCUGGGCCUUUUAUACCGCCAUUGGAGGCACGGUCCUCACCUUCAUCUGUGCUGUCUUCUCCGCACAAGCAGAGAUUGCAACCUCCAGUGACAAAGUACAGGAAGAAAUCGAAGAGGGGAAAAACCUUAUCUGCCUCCUUUAGUUUGGAAGAGACGUAAAUGCCCUUUUUCUUCCUGUGUCACCUUGUGAAAGAGUACCCCUCUGGUUUCCUCGUCUGAGUCAAGUGAAGAACUAGCCUUUACCUACCAAAGCCUACAUUCCACGGCCCCAGGCCUUAACAGGACCAGUGCGAGGCAACAUCCAGCUAAGUGACUGCGCUCAAGGGCCACAGUUCCAGCUGUCAGAGAUGGAACAGGAAACUACUGCAUGAACCCUGACCUGGAGUUGACGAGUCUGUCUGACUCCAUCUCCUCCAAAGCUCAUGAAGGAUGAUGAUCUAAAUCAUUAAGGCAGCAGUUCCUCUGGUAACAGGAGACUGUGAGCUAGAUUUGCAGGCUAUGUUGAGAUGUAUUUCUGCCACAAAGUUGCAGGCCUGUAAGCAUCACUGCUCCAGAAUGGGGUUUUGGGGUUGGUGUUUUUGUCUCCUCCUAGUUCUUGCGGGUCGUCUCAGAGACUAAAGUGAAGCCUGCAUACUUACUGGGGAUAGGUAAUGUGUUCCAGGGCAUAGUAAGACACUGCCUCUUAGGACCAAAGGGGUCAGCAGGUCAGUGUGGAAUCCCACUGUGGAACUGAUUUUAGGCUGAAUUCCAGGGUAAGGUUGGAUCAUUUGAACUGUCCCUCCAAGAUUUUAGAAAUCUGAGUAAGAAUAAGGACCUAUAUGAUCAUGGGAAUAGAAGUAGAAAAAUCCUGCUAGGGAAGAGAAAUUCAUGCCACUGCCCAGCAGUCAGGCUAGCACCAGUACCGGCCCAGUCUCCUCUUCUAAAGGAGAUCCCAUAUUUUUCUCCUAGGGUUAGGAUCGAGCUUUGACUGCCAAAGGAAACCUCACCCUAUUUCCUCAUUCCAGGAACAGAGGUCUCCAAGCCAACUGCGGCUCCUUCAGAUACUCACUGAGAGAACUUGCCAGAAUCUCAGCACUUGCCAGGAGACCUUUUCCCACUGUUUGGUAACCAUGUGGUAGUCAGCUGUAUUUCCAACCCCAGCAGCAAUGGAAUGACCUUUGCAGGAAAAAAAGGAGCUAGUCACGGGAGUUCAGUUUCUCCAGUUACUAGUGUUGUUUCUGAAAGCAGACUGAAAGAACAUUAAAAUUACUUCAGUGGGUGAGCUGCAUCAAGCCUUCAUACCCAGAGAAGCACAGAGUGGAAAUUUAAUGCAAAAAUGAGAGCUAGACCAAGCUCAUAGCACCUGCCUAUGCCUGUUUACAAAAAGAAUGGACCACCACUAUUAAAAAGGAUUCAGGAGCUUAUAAUCUAGUUUCUAUAAAUUACCAAUAAAAUUGAUGCAGAAAAAUGGUAUUCACCACCACCUCAAAUUUACUUUGGAAUGAUCUCAGUGGCAAGCACCUAGCUGGGUAUUACCGAAGCUUCAGAAUUGCAGAAUGAUACAGAAACACUCCUUCACAGUUUAGCAAGUUUGGAGUGGACCCACAAGAUUUCUGGAAGAAUUAAAAGUACAGGUCUAUUUUGGCUUACGAAUCUGUUCCCCUAAGAGCUUGCUUUGUUUUGAAAGCUUAACAAAUAAUGACUUUGCACCUUCUUUGGGUAAGGUAUUGUAUGCUAAGUACCACCAGGCAUAGAAACCUGAUUCAGAUUUUACAACACGGCCUGAAGUGAAUCAUCUCCAGGCUGAGUCUAAAACCAUGCCUUGGUGCAAAACAAACAGUUGCUUUAUAUGUAGAGGGAACGGAGCAACUAAACUUUUAUUCCCUUCUUUGGGGCCUAUACCACAAACCACUUUAUCACCCAGAUUAAGAGCUAAGGGCAAGAGGGGUGGUGGUAUAGAACCAGGUCUUAAUCAGUUCACCUUUCUUAGACCAAAGGUCAGAGUAAGCAAGAUUUAAGUCCCCACAGACAUAGGGUAUGGAAGCCGAUGGACAGGGCUCCUGUCCCUGCUGUGUAUUUUUAUGUUCUAACCAACUCCCAGUGCCCACCGUAACUACUUUUUAAAUCUUGGCAGUAAUUUUCAUUCAAAAAAACAGCGGGGGAGGGGGGAUUCCUUUCAUCAGCAGUUUUGCUCUACUGUUUUUUUCUGUACAAAAUCAGUGUUAGGAAAUGGGUUUUCUUAACUCCCUUUUUUUACAGAAAAGUUUAAGUCCUAAGCCCUGAGGACCUUCUGAGAAUGGCCAUCAUUUUUACUACCUGACUGUUCUUUGGCUAAGGUGGUGGCAUAUCUCUAGAAUACCCUGAUAAAGCAGUAGUCACAAGUGAAAAUGCUACUUCUCUUGGCCAGAAGAAAUUCACUUGACUGUUUUUAUUCCAUUAGUCUGACUGCUACAGAUGACAAAGUACAUGCACACACAUACAUCACCCCAAACCACUAAAAACUACUUAAACACUGACUUAAUAAGCAGAGCAGAGAUGGAAUUUCUGUAGCAGAGACAGAGUAAGAACUAAUGUUGGGCCUUUUAAACCUUCAGUCCAUUAGCCAGGCUUUGGGAAAAAUGAAAUGUCAAAAUCAUGCUAGUCUACACCAACCUGUACAGCUGUUUAAAAACCACUGAAUAUGAGGAAUGUAUUAGAAAUAUGUUAAACAAGUGGACUGAUUGUUGACCCACAUUUUCCUAAUAAAUAUCAAUCAUCUAAUCACCUCAGUCCAAAAAUCUAAUACACCUGGACCAUUACUACUACCAGAAAAGUCUUAUUUAUUUUUGCCUGCAUUUGCGCUUAAAGUUUUGUGAUGGGCUGGGCUUCUCAGUGAACUCCCAAGAAGGCAGAAAUACUUGCCUUGGAUUCUGUGGAUUUUUUAAACCUGUGUGCUAAUUCAACGAUGUUACACUUAAUUGUGUAAGGGUUUUUGUACAGUUUUCAAACAUCUGUGGUGUAAUGAUCUUUGUUAAACAUGUAAAGUGCCAUAGUCUUUUUUUAUGUGUAGCAUAUUUAAAAUAUAUAUAUGUAUAUUAUACAUACACAAGUCUGUGAAAGAUGUGCAAUAACAAAGGUGUAUGUAUGUUUUGUUUUUUUUUUGGAAACUGGACAGGAGUCAGAACAGGGAUUGUUUCUGUUUUGGCAAAGGAGAGUUAAACAUGUUUGCCUUCAUGGCCUAGUCAUUAACCCAUAACAAUUUAAAUGCUACACAAACCGAUGUGAAGAAAAGACUGGUAUGAAAUCAUUUAUUCCUGGGUCUACAUUAAAAUAAUCACUAGAUUUACGUGAAAAUUAAGCCAGCACCAGGCCCAGUUAAUGCUAGUCUUUCAUGUGAAAUGUGAAGCUGCCACAUUGCCUUUUCUGUUAGUGUGAAAACUAGUAGCUGGGACAUAAUCACUAAGGAGCUUUUUCUUAACAUGCUUUGAUAGACCACGUUAAUGCUAGACCACUAUUUAAGGGCUGAUCUCACACCUUCUUAGCCGUAAGAGUCUGGCUUAGAACAGACCUCUCUGUGCAAUAACAUGUGGCCACUAGGAAUCCCUGGCCUGCAUUUCUAUUUGGGCAGCGAUGACUCCCAAGGGCCAAAAGAGUUAAAGGCAUGACUGGGAUUUCUUCUGAGACUGUGGUGAAACUCCUUCCAAGGCUGGGGAGGUCAUUAGGUGCUUUGGAGGAACUCAGCAUCACUUGAUAUUCAGUAGCCUCUGAGCCAAAUAGAAAACUGUAUUUACCGCUAAUGGACUCAAUUUGAGCCUUCAAAUUUAUGGUUAUCCUAUUAUACUGUAAACUAAUACAUUGUUUGUCUAGCAUUGAUUAGGUUCCUGUGCAUAUGUAUUUCACAAUGCCCUCCCCUCCCCAGAUCGGAAUUAAACCAGAUUUUGGAAACUCAA